UGGCUUCUAAACCCUGAGCUCUUUCAGCCUGGCGUUUAGUAAGACCAGUUGUAGUACAGAGUUGCUGUAAAGGUGCACAUAGAUCACAAUGCCUGGACCAGCAGCAAGCGCUACCAAUGUCGGUGCAUCUUCGCGAUCACCAAGUAAAGCUGUUGCACCCAGAACUGCAGGUUCUACCGUCAGACAAAGAAAAAAUGCAAGCAGCAGCACAAGAAGUGCAGGUCGUACCACAUCAGCAGGCACAGGAGGCAUGUGGCGAUUUUACACUGAGGAUUCACCGGGUCUUAAAGUCGGGCCAGUUCCAGUGCUGGUGAUGAGUCUACUUUUUAUUGCAUCUGUCUUUAUGCUGCAUAUUUGGGGCAAAUACACACGGUCUUAGAUUCUAUCCUCUCCGCUCUGAAAUACUACCAUCAGGAUUUGGACCAAAUGUUUUAUCUGAAUUAUUCUGCAGAGAAUAAGGAUAUAAAAAAAAAAACUGCAUUAUAAGUUAGUCUGCAUAAUGUGAAAGGAAUCAAAAGUCAAGAGAAAAGUGUGCUUUGUUUUGCUACUCUGCUCAUUAACCAUUGGCUGCUGCUUCGCACGAUAGACAGGAGCAGUAUUGUCACUCAAGAGGAUCAGAACCAAUGUACUGAGAAGAUACAUAGUUUAGAACUAACACAAGUGCUUUCUUUCUGACUUCAUAUCUCCAUUAACAGGUUGUAAGACUUCUUGUUCAUUCAUUUUGUCAACCUUUCAAUAAACUAUGCUGUCUA